AUGACUGACAAGAGAGAGAGAACACAAGGAACUGUCGGUUCCCGAGAGCCCAUUUCGGGGCGUCGGGGAGGAGCUGGUUCUGCGGGUCACGCGUGGCCCCCCCCUUCUUGGGUUUCCCUCCCCCGGCCCCCCCCCGGCCCGCUGCCCACUCGGCGCCUCUCCCCUCCCGCAGGGUACGGCCACACGGUGCCCCUGUCGGACGGCGGCAAGGCCUUCUGCAUCGUCUACUCGGUCCUGGGCAUCCCCUUCACCCUGCUCUUCCUGACGGCCGUGGUGCAGCGCGUGACCGUCCACGUCUCCCGCAGGCACGUCCUCUACGUCCACCUCCGCUGGGGCUUCUCCAGGCAGAUGGUGGCCCUGGCCCACGCCGUCCUGCUGGGCGUCGUCACCGUGGCCUGCUUCUUCUUCAUCCCGGCCGCCGUGUUCUCCGUCCUGGAGGAAGACUGGAACUUCCUCGAGUCCUUCUACUUCUGCUUCAUCUCCCUGAGCACCAUCGGCCUGGGCGACUACGUUCCGGGGGAGGGCUACAACCAGAGGUUCAGGGAGCUCUACAAGAUCGGCAUCACCUGCUACCUGCUGCUGGGCCUGAUCGCCAUGCUGGUGGUGCUGGAGACGUUCUGCGAGCUCCACGAGCUGAAGAAGUUCCGGAAGAUGUUCUACGUGAAGAAGGACGAGGACGAGGACCAGGUGCGCAUCGUGGAGGAGGACCAGCUCUCCUUCUCCUCCCUCGCCGAGCAGGCGGCCGGCGCCAAGGAGGCGCAGAGGCAGAACGAGCCCUUCGCGGGGACCCCGGCGCCCGACGGCCCCGACGGCUCUGUGAACCACUGAGGGA